AGAUCGCCGCUAAACGCUACUGCACUGAAGUGUGAAUGUCCAGACGCCACUGGGUUUGAGUACCCCUGGCCUACAUAAACCAAGGCGGUCAGGCACGAGACACAACAUUGUUGGAGCCGCAGUGUACGCGAGGCCUUCGACGCAGUAGGGAGUGUGACGGCCGGGAGCGGUCGUCUCACUCGCUUCGUAUAACCCGUGCGGUGCCAAGGAGCACUGACUCGUCAAGGUCAGUUUCGGAUAUACGGGUGGCUAUUCUCGAGCACUGAUAUGGCGAACACUGCUGAGUGCUGAGUGCUGCGGGUGUGUGAUCAGUGCUGAUAUUGCGGGACUGCUAAGUGCUGACAUUGUGCCGUCAGUGCUAGUGUAGCUCUGACAAUUCAUAAGCUUCGAUACUCUGUAGCCGGCAUGCUGAUAUUGCUGAGUCGCUGAGGCCGAGGGUAUCGUGUUGACGUGUCGUGGUAAGGACUCCCGAAUUGGUUUCGAGUAGACUAGUGACUGAGCGCCGCUCAGCCGACAGAUAGCGGUACUGGAGACAUUGAGAACGCGAAGAGCUCCUGGCAAAGGCUGCUGCUGUGAUGUUCCUCGUUCUGAUGCUGGCAGCCGCUCUGGCUUUGGCCGUCUGGGCCUGGACCUCAACAAGGCGACCAUCCUGGUGCCCUCCCGGUCCCCCGCUGGUGCCGUGGAUCGGUAACCUGCUGUCGCUCGACCCGGCGCGCCCGGAGCGCAGCUACGCCGCCUGGGCUGCCCGCUACGGUCCCAUCUACCACGUGCGGCUGGGAGCCCUGCAGCAGGUGGUGCUGAGCGACCCGCUGCUGAUCCGCGAGGCGUUCUCACGCGCCGAGAUCAGCGCCCGGCCCGACACGGCCAUCAACACGUUCAUCGUGGACCGCUCCGGUCUGAUCUGCUCCAGUGGCGAGCUGUGGCGCGAGACCCGCCGCUUCACGCUGCACCACCUCGGCUCGCUGGGAAUGGGCAAGACCAGUCUGGAGCCGUACAUACAGCGUCAGGUGAGCGCCUUCAUGGAGCGAGUGCUCGAGCCCAGCUGCGGCGCACCGCUCAGUCUGGACACGCCGCUCAACUCGGCCAUCAUCAACAUCAUCUGGCGGCUGGUGGCCUCCGAGGAGGUGGACAUCACUGACGACAGAAUGAGCGGCGUGCUGCGCCGCCAGGGCGCCAUAAUCGGCGCAUCGGCGCGGCUGGUGCUGCUGGACACGGUGCCGUGGCUGGCGCCGCUGCUGGAGCCGCUGCUGGUCGACAAGAAGCACAUCGCGGCCGAGUUCGGCGCGCUCCUGGAGGAGACGUUCACGCCGGUGCUCCGGCGCCACCGGGACACGCUGCCAGAGGACGGAGACGCGCCGCGCGACUACAUGGACGCCAUGCUGAUGGAGCAGCGCCGCCGGCCCGAGCUGAUGACCGACUGGCAUAUGCUGAUGUCGGUGCUGCACCUUUUCUUUGCCGGCAGCGACACCACAGCCACCACGCUGCGCUGGGCGCUGGGCUUCCUGUGCCAGCGGCCGGACGUGCAGCGCCGGCUGCAGGCCGAGCUGGACGCGGAGGUGGGCCGCCAGCGGCCGCCGACACUGGCCGACCGGCAGCGGCUGCCCUUCACCGAGGCCGUCAUCCUGGAGACGCAGCGACUCGGCGACCUGCUGCCCGUGCUGGUACCUCACCAGACCACUGCGCCGGUCACUGUGGGCGGUUACUGCCUCCCCGCCGGUGUGCAGGUCAUCGGAAACGUGCAGGCCGUCCACCGCAGCGCGCGCUACUUCGCCGAGCCGGUCCAGUUCCGGCCCGAGAGGUUCAUCGACGCGCAGGGCCAGUUUCAGCCGGACAAGAACGUGAUGGCGUUCUCAGUGGGUCGCCGCCAGUGUCUCGGAGAGAGCCUGGCGCGAGCCGAGCUAUUUCUCUUCCUCACUGCCUUCCUGCAGAAGUUCUCCUUCUGUUGGCCGGAGGGCGACCAGCAGGAAAUGGCCGAGGAUCCCAAAUAUCAUCUGGUCAGGUGUCCGCUGCCGUUCAAACUCGUACCAGAACUACGCUAACUGAAAAGUCGAGAAACGUGGAGCAUUUUGGUCCCUUGCUGGUGGAUCGGUUUCAUGGGCCUUGUCAAUGAAUGCGCUGUGAUUCGCUUUAUCUCGAGAGCGUUUAAUAUAUGUCUCUAUACGGCCUUGUUACCUAUGUGCGGCCAAAGAGCAAAGCAAUGCAAUAAGGCCCGUCAGUAGGGAAAGGAUGUAUCAUGCAAUAUGCGUAAGUCAUCAAGUCUUGGUGUGGUCUUUGAAUCAUCUUAGAAUUCAGUUAGACACCUACCCGAGUGUGACAGUUGCAGGCUUUAGGCUAUAGCACUCUUGAUAGAACUCCUGCGUGGCUGCAUUCACGGUCAUACAGGUAUGUACUCAGUACUUGUAGACAAGAUUACUUGCUUGUAGAUACUUGCUGCAUUUUAGCGGAAAGAAAAACAAUUGCUUUCAUUUGCUUUUAACUUUCCAAGGAAAGAAAAACAAUUGCUGUUUUCAUAUGUACGGUAUCAUUACGUCAUGCUGGAUAGUUGGACAAAUUUACUCUCGAGUAAAGGACUUUGGUAAAACUUGCCGAGCUUUGAAAUAAAGAAAUCAAAUUUGUGCCUUUUGACCGCCAUGUUUUUAUCGUUUAUGAAAUCACAGAAAAAAAAACAAACAACAUAAAUGUUGGAUUUUUAUUAUCUAUCGAAUCGUUGAUUCUAAAGAAUCAUGAAAAUAAUCAUAUUGCAUAUUUACGUCUGGACAACGAGUUGCGUUGGAAACAACUUAACUGAAAAACAGAAAAACAACUUACUGAAAGAAAUCAUCAGACUGCAACUUGAAGAAAAAGUGACAAGAUGGGAAAAGAUAACAACGAAAUAUCUACAAGAAGCAGACUUGAAUAUAGCAAGACUUGAAGGAAUGACGAAACAAGAACUGAAGGAUAAACUGAAAAAAUAUGAUAAAAAGAAGUGGGAAGACGAGAAAGAACAAAAGGCAAGCAUUUCAUUAUAUCGAAAGUGUAAAACUGAGAUAAGGGAAGAAAAAGUAUAUGAUAACACACCAGCGUCUGUAUGCCUGUACAGGGCAAGAUCGAACACAUUACAAAUAAAAAGCAGACAAUUCCAAUCAAUCAACCAAUCAAACAGCCUAUGCGAUCUCUGCAGACGAGAAUCAGAAGAUUUGGAACAUUUUUUCUUAAGAUGCGAAGCGCUCAAUGAUGUGAGAUCUGCAAUUGAGCCGUUGCAACGACCACAUGUGGAAGACAGCACCGAAAUAUUGGCAAACCUUUUAUUUAGUAAUGAUGAAAAGCAAAUGGAGAAAAAUAAACAUAGUGUUUACAAGAUGUGGGAAGCAAGAAGAAAAAGGAUGAGGCAGUGAAGUGUCAGCAAAUCAGUGCAACUAUGAAAAUUUAAAACCAUGAAAAUGAUGACAAAGAAUGAAAAGAAAAAGAUUAUGAAAACAAUAUUUCAAUUAAAGCCAACUAAAGGGAAAUAACAUGAAACAAAACAAACCGAGAAAAACAUCACUGAAAAUGUCAUAUAGGUACUUGAUACCUACGUUGUAGUAUGUGUUCGUGUUCGUGAUGGUCGUGUCAUGUAAAACUGUUGUGUUUGUGGGGGCCGCUGCAAAGGCAUUACCCAAAUAAACGUCACGUCACGUCA